AUGAGUUGUAAUCUGAACGAAAUGAUCAAUGUUCUACACAAGCAGAAGGUUUUCGAAACAGAAACUGGCCCGAGUGUUUCGACACUCAAUGUUUGCCAUCGUCGUGGUAGAACCGUAGGCCGCAGUAUCCGCACGCAUGACUUCCGGGUUGGUCCUGCAAGAAACGAGCGGAAUAAAUUCGUGUGUUACUGUGGAUUCGUGCGGAACGAAACACUGUGA